AAACUUAGAGGCUGUUGACUUUUGAAGCAGGAAGUGAAAUUAAACAAGCUGACGUUCAGCUCUGAGAAGCUGCAGGCGGAGAUUAUUUAUUCUCACCGAUUGCAGUUUUCCCUGCAGACGUCGGCAGAUCGGCUGAGUGUGAAGAUGAAGCUGCUAUUCUUCUUGAUGGUGACGCUGAUGACCUUUACUGAAAGGUCACUGCAUGCUUGGCCAGACCCCACCAGAGGUGGUUCUGGAGUCAAUCUGAGCGGGAAGAUGUUCACUUUGUCCGGUUAUUACGGAAGAUUGGUCUUCUAUUCACCUUACCAGCUGUCCCCCUGGGCUACUACUACAUCAUACCAAACCAGAGGUUACACCGACUCUGCCUCCACACCCAGCUACACCCAAACUAACACAGGCGCAACUGAAAUGUCAACCCCUAACACGAAAAUCAACACCCAUAGACCUACAACUGGACCUUAUCAACCUACCACCAGCUCUACCACUCGGUACCCAUGGUCCACAGCUCCUUCCACUAGAGGUGUCUCAGUGUGCUUGCGGUACAUCACAGACUCUCAGAGUGGCUCCAUCUUCACCCUCAGCCCAUCCAGCCAGUAUCUGAGGCUGGAGAUUGGUAGACCACAAUCAUACGCACUGACCUUCAACAAUUACAACAGAGUUUACCUGCAACCUUACUUAAAACUCUGGCCUGGUCUGACGCCCAACAUGUGGACCAGCAUCUGCUUCACUGUGGACAACACGAAGGGUGUAGUCCAGAUGUUCAGAGACUCAGACAUGAGCAGCAGGAAGCUGCUGAAUAACCAGUACGUGUGGUCAGGUGAGCGUGUGAUGGAUUUUUCAAACUUUGAAGGUCAGAUCACUGAUGUCCAGGUGUGGGAUUAUCCUCUCCGUUAUCAAGAAGUCUUCUACUACAUGAGCAGCGGUGGCUACGGGUCCUACCAAGGUUCUGUACUCAGCUGGUCCUACAUCAGCUACUCUCAGACAGGCAGGACGCUGCUGGAGGACGGCUAUGAGCUGCAGAUGAGAAAACCAAACCGGAAGUGGGAACGAAGAAAUCACCUGAAGGGAGAAUUCAAGCCCAGAAAGGUUCUCCUCUUUGAGGAGCGUAAAAGAGAGCAAUGGAAGAAAGAGAUGUAAUGUUCAAUGAAAUCAUAUUUCACCUUUUUGACCUUCUAUCUGAACAUAUAAUUAACAUGAAGAUUAAUCAAUUAACAUUUGCACUGAUCAAAAAUAUUCCCAAAAUCACAUUAUGGUUUUAAUAGUUUAUUUUCCUACUUUUGUAAUUCAUUUUAACUUUCAACUACAAUAAAGUGAUUUCUAAUU